AUGAAUUCAGUAUAUAGUUUAGAUAACAAAACUUUUUAUAGCUGCAAACAAUCAAACAAUUUGCUUGAAAAUAAAUCACAUUAGCUACAUUGUGGAGAUACUCUAUGUGAAGAAUGUUAAUAAUAAUAGACUGAUCAAAUCUAGAAUGAGUAAAUUAUACUUAAGCAUUUGCAAUGUUAAAUUGAGAAUGAUCAUCUUCAAAAGAAAGAUCCCUCUUAUAUCAAAUGUGAUAAACACGUUGAAUAGGAUGUAGAAACAUUUUGCUAGAGCCAAAAUAAAUUACUCUGUAGCAGAUGCUUGCAAGAAAGCACUCAUUUUGAUGAUAAAGAUUCAUAUAUUCCAUUUGAUAGAAAAUUUCUAGAUGAAUCACUUGCAAGCAUGAUUCCAAUUCUUAGGGAGGAGAUUAAUUAAAUUUAAAACUUGAUAGAUGAUAUUAAUUGCUUCAUUAAUAAUGAAAACUACAACCAAAUUGAUCAAGUAGAAACCAAUGAAAAAGAUAAAUUAGAAGCUGAGACAUUAUUUAAACUAAUAGAAACGGAGAGACCAAAAUACUAAGGAUUCAGAAGAUUGGUAGACUACCACUUAUCUACUCUGGACAAUAGUAUUGAUGCUCAAUAAAAACUUCUACCUAUAUCUGGUAAAACGAAAUUGCUGUACAAAGGUACUAGAGAUGGAUUUCAAGCAUAAGACUUUCACUUAUAUUGCGAUAACUACGGUCCAAUAGUUUCAUUCAUUUUGAGUGAGCAUGGACAAGUUUUCGGAUGCUAUACAUCAAUUUCUUGGUCAUUUGCGAGCGGUUAUUAAAAGGAUAAAGAUGCCUUUAUAUUUAGCUUGAGUAAAAAUUCAUUGCACAAAUAAUACCAAAACAAAGAUUACGCAGUUUAUCAUCACCUACAAUCCUUAUAGGUUUUUGGAAAUGGCUAUGAUCUUUGCAUAUCGAGUGAAUGCAAUAUUAACAAUGCAAGUUCUUGUUAUUUAGGUUGUACAUAUGAGCCUCCAAAGGGCUAUUAUGUAGGAGAUCAACAAACAAAUGAAUACUUAGGAGGAAGUUACUAAUUUAAGGUAGUCGAGAUAGAGGUAUAUUCAGUUUAAAUGUGA